UCGUGUUUCGUACUAUUAUCAUUUAUCUUUAAUCGUGUUUCGUUUUUUUGUGAGCACGUGAAAAAUAAAAACUAGCAAAUUUGCCACUAUUAGCUAAAGACUAAAGAGCCCGUCGCCCGGUAAGUUAUGUUGGCACAUGCCACUAUGGCACUCUAACAUAACAGAUCUGCGAUGCUAUUUAGCUGCACAUAUUCUAAUAAGUUCGGCAUAAUCAUAAGUUUAUAAUUUGUAUACGAGAAAACAAAAUACAUUUUUAGGUAUCCGGAACAUGACGAGGUUCGCCAGGGCUCGAGGCUCUAAAUCAUCCAACCAAAAAAUACCGGAAGAAGCAACACCAUGGUUGGAAAUGAAAGAAAAGCCACAGCAAAUCGAAAAUGACGAGUCGACAACAAGCGCGAUAGAAGUGUCGGAAGAGAAUCGCAGUAGCAAGCACGACUCAUAUUCAAACGUCGAUAAAUUUGACGGGUUCAGCGUCUUGAAAGAGGACGCAGUGAAACUGCGCAUAGAAAAAUUCAAGUUAAUUAAACAGGGUGUGCCCAGACAUCAGCUAAAGGCACAAUUAAUGCCAAUGCGUCGACGUGCUGAGAAGAAACUCUCCAGGCUCAGACAAAAAUCAUGUUUUCAUUGUCGGCAACCUGGUCAUAUGCUGAACCAAUGCCCAGAGUUGGGUACCAACACUGCUAUGGGAGUCUGCUUUAAGUGUGGAUCAACAGAACACAAAUUACAUGAAUGUCGUAAUGCAGGAAACAGUAGUCAACUUGAUUUUGCCAAAUGUUUUAUAUGCAAAGAAGAAGGACAUCUUUCACGCCAAUGUCCAGAUAACCCGAUGGGAUUAUAUCCAAAUGGAGGAGCUUGCCGAUCUUGUGGAGAUGUUACUCAUUUUGCCAAAGAUUGUCCAGAUAAACAAAAAAGAAAAAGAGAAGAAGAUUUACCUACAGUUGGAAUAAUGGAUAAUCGAGCAAUUGAAGAUUUAGGCGAUGAAAGAAGCUCUAAAAAACACAAACAAUAUAAUUUAAAAUCAUUCAAUAAAAAGAAAAAAGUCAUAAUGAUGAAUUGAUUAUAAUAAAAGCUGAU